AUGGCACCAGCAAUAAUCGGUAAAGCCCACAGUGUCCCGUUACUUGCUGCAGGGUCGACCGACCGUGCUGCGAAGUGUAAAUAUGUGACCAAAGGCGGCCAGUUAGGUGAUGGUAAUUUUAGUGUUGUUCGAGAAUGCAUGAAUUUGCAUACAAGGGAUUUAUUUGCCCUCAAGAUGGUUCACAAGAUGGUUGUUAGAGAUAAGAUGCAAUUGGUUAAGAAAGAGCUGAAGCUGUUGGGAGAAAUCAGUGCAAGAGUCAAGGAGUUGGAAGAUCAAAAGCGUACGUCCAUGGACGUGUUUGAAGGGCACCACCAUGUUUUACAGCUAUUCGACUAUUUUGAAACUAAUGAAAGUAUAGCACUAGUAAUGCAACUGUGCGAUAGAGGUGACCUUUAUGAAAAGAUUAUUGCCGAAGGUCAUUUGGAUAUAGAGACUCAGGUCAAAUCUUUUACUGCAUGUCUAGUCAGCGUACUGGAAUUCUUACAUGGACAAGGAGUUGUUCAUAGAGAUGUCAAGGCUGAAAAUGUUUUAUUUCGAUUGAGGGUCAACACAAACGAACCUGUUGAGUUUCAAGGUAAAUUUCCUUACGACUUAACCGCUCAUGAUCUGAUCCUAGCGGAUUUUGGAUUUGCUACAAAUAUCAAUCCUAACACACAGCUUAAGGAAUAUGUUGGUACUUUAUCAUACAUUGCUCCUGAAGUUGUACGUUGUAAGGGUAUCAAUUAUAUGUCUGAACGUGAAGUGAAAGCAUUGAAACCCUAUGGAUUCGCUGUAGACAUUUGGGCACUGGGGGUUCUUACAUAUUUCAUGGCAUUAGGGUAUAUGCCAUUUGAUUGUGAUGAUGAAGAUGAGACUUUGGAAUGUAUUAUCAGCCAAGAUUAUUACGUGGACGCAAACGUGGAAAAGGAUCCUAAAAUGUCAGAAUUUUGGAGUUUUCUUCAAAUGUGUUUCUGUUUAGAUGAUCGCCAAAGAGCGAGUGCAGCAGAAUUAAAGAGACACCCUUUUAUUAGAGAUUACUUCGCUACGUCCACCACAUUGAACCAGGCCUUAUUUGUUCCUCAUCCAAUGAAAAGAAGCGGUUCCUCUAGAUCUCUCAAAGCCCCUAAUAAAGCUUCAUCAUAUACCAAUAUUACCCAUAUGAAGAUGGAUCCUCCCUCUAGCGUUUUAAUGACGCCCGCGAACAGUGAACCCAUAGUCGAACCCGAAGUGGCGGCUAGCAGACAACGCGAUCUAAUGGAAGUUAGAAAUACAUUAAAGAGAACGUUAUCUACAACGGCACUUAAUAGGGAAUUGGUCAUUUUACCAGGAGCCAUUAGGGGUCUGAAAAAAAAUUCAACUUUUGUACUGGGACCACAACCACCACCAGACUCUUUGAUGAAUGGUUGUUAUAGCACUUCACCACAAUCAAGGUCAACUUUAAGCACACCAAUAUCUGUUUCAAGGGAAACUUCCUCUACCAGUUUUAAAGUGGUGCAGGACACUGGAAAAGAUCUUAAUUACGAUAAUGACGAAGAUGACGACGAAGGAAUUGUUGUAUAA